ACAAAAUCAAACAAAAUGUUCAAAUUGUUCGCUGUCUGCAUGUUGGCUCUCUUCGCUGGUGCUUUGGGUGCUGCUAAACCUGGCUUAUUAGCUGCUGCACCAGCUGCUGUUGCCUAUUCCGCACCUUUGGCUUACUCUGCACCAGUUGCUGCUGCUUACACUGCACCAGUUGCUGCUGCUUACAGUGCACCAGUUGCUGCUGCUUACACUGCACCUUUGGCUUACUCUGCACCAGUCGCUGCUGCUUACAGCGCCGGUUAUGUAGCACCAUAUGCCAGUAGCUAUAUUGCCCAUUCAAUACAACACUCUGCUGCUAUUCCAGCUGCCUAUGCUGCCGCUCCAGUAGUUGCUGCUGCACCAGCUGUAUACUCCGCUGCUCCAGCAGUAGCUGUUCUUAAAAAAUGAAAAGGAAGAAACUAAAUUUCG